UUUUUUUUUUUUUUCUUAUCCUUCACUCAUUUUAUAUAUUUUCAUUAUAUUACUUGUAUUCUCAAAAAGCAUCAUUAUCAACAUCAUUCAUAUUAUUAUUUUCAUUUUCAAUAUUGCUAUUAUUACUUUAUUAUCAUGGAAUCUGAUCGAUCAAGACAAGCUUAUACAUCUAUGAUGAAAUUUACCAUUGACGGUAGACCAUAUUUGAAGGAUAUUCAUGAUCUGUUUGCUGCGUUGAUUGUUCAAACACCGUUGACAACACAUCGUUACCUAUUUCGGAACUACUAUAAUACAUUUUCAUCCGAAGACGCCAUCAUGGCUCUAGGUUCAUUACGCUUCUCUCAUACAGUGCGUACACCUGAUCCUAAUGAUCCUAAUAAAACUACUCGUACUACUACUACAACGACUUUUAACAUGGCAAAAGACAUGGCAAAAGCUUUAUGCUCACAAUUCCAAGCUUGUCAUUUGAUGCAAAACGCCGUGGAUCCAAACAGCAAUAGAAAUUCAUCUAAUAAUGGUAGUGGUACAAUCAGUGACAAGGCGAUCUGGCAGCUGACUCCUAAGGGGCUCUGUGUGUUACAAGAUUUUUGUAUUCGAACUGAAGUGGAUAUGACAAAUUUGCGCAAACAUUUCAGUGAUAUUCCUCCUAUUCAAUUGGUUAGAUUAGAUCGUCAUAGUGAUGAUGAUCAAUUGAUGCUUGGUCGACAGAAUGUUUCUUUAAUAUUUAUGGUCAUGAUUACCUCUUUACCUUUGGAAGGUGAACUUUUAUCUCAACAACAACAGCAACAACAACAACAAGGUAUCCCUGUGCCUCCUUUAUCCAAAUCAAAAAAGAAAGAAGAUAAAAACUCGUCAUCUUCUUCAUCAGGUUCUUCUGUCUCUUCUUCUGGUUCUUCUACCGCUUCUUCUUCCCUUCCAUCCAAUGCUGCUCCUUUUGCCAUGUCCACCCAUGUUGUUAAUGGUGAUUCUCGUGUUCAACUCCUUGGAAAUUAUCUUUUGACUUUAUCCAAAACAAAUCAGCAACAAAAUCAACAACAACAACAAAAAGUCACUUUUUCUGCUGCAACAAAAUUGGGCAAAAAAAUGCGUACUGCUUUUUCCACACAAUUAGCUUGUGAUUGGCUGAUUGACUAUAGUACUGUAUCUAGUUAUGAAGAAGGUGAAUCUUUAUUGGCUGAAUUUGUCAAGUAUGCUUGGGUAGAAUGUCAAGAUGCCAAAUAUGCCGAUCAAUACCUUCGUGCAUCAAAAAAUAUCAUUCUGGUUGUCACUCCAAAGGGAAAGCAAGUCCUUGCUGAAACUACAGCAUCAUCAUCAUCAUCGUCAUCAUCUAACAAUAAUAACAGUAGUGGAGUGAACAAUAGUACUAUUAGUUCUCGUAAAGAAUCAACCUUAUCCUCUUCUUCAACAACAGCAACAUCAUCAACAGCAGCAGCAAAUCGAUUACAACAAACAUCUCGUCAACAAGAAGAAGAUGAAACUACUUUACGUGAAAUGUUGGCUCAAGAUCCUGAAUCCGUGAUGAUCACUACUCAUCAAACCACCACUACUAGUAGCUCUGAUCUUGUUGUUCCUCAUAGUCAAAACAGUAGUGGAAGUACUUCUAGCAACAGCAACAACAGUAAUAAUAAUAGUAAUAAUAAUAACAAUCAAACUAACAACGGAUUCAAUGCAAGAUCAAGACCUCCAAGCACAGCCAUGGAUUACCCAGCACCAAGUGUCCAAUCACAUCCAGUUUCUUCAUCUUUAUCGAUGCAUAGUGGUUAUCAAGGAGGAAAUGCAAACAAUAAUGAUCCCAAGGAAUCCAAUGCAACCAAACUCAAACAAAUACUUGAUGAUGCUCAAUUGAGAUCUUUAUUCAAGGACUUUUUACGCAACAAUUUCUGUGAAGAGAAUUUGGACUUUUGGAUUGAUUAUUCUACUCUUCGACGCAAGAUUCGUAACCAAAGUCCAGCGCUUCCAUCACAAAAUCAAAAAGAUCUAUUGGAAGAUGCCUAUGAUUUAUGGGCAACGUACUUGAAACCUGGUGCUGCAAGUGAAUUGAAUGUGGAACACUCGUUACGACAAGAAAUGGCGCGUGUAGUGAAUUCGAUGGUCACUGUAGUACCAACAUAUAUUCCAGGUCAACAAACAAGUAAGAAUACAUUGGUGAUUUCCUCUCAUUCAGUGUCAUCUAGUUUACGCAUGAUUUUGAAAUGGCUUGAUCAAGUGAAUGAUCAUAUUUGUCGUCUUAUGUCCUCUGAUUCAGUACCCAAGUUUGUACGUACAGCGAAAUAUAAGAAGAUCAUGGAUGCAAGAGAAGCUGCUGAUCGUAAGGAACAAGAUGAUAUGGUCAAACAAUUAGAUCAACAACAUUUGGAUGGUUCAUCUAUGUUCUUUGAUGUUGAAGCUUCUUGAUCUUAGCUAUUUUAUAUAUAUAUAUAUAUAUUUAUAUAUUUCUUUUUUCCUUGUGUGUAUAUACAAUACUAUUUUCUCUUCUUUUUCUUCUUCUUUUUUUUUUUAGUCUUUCUUUCUUUUUUUUACCCA